GUCGCCGUCAGCCGGGGAAGGCAGCGCAGCGGGGGAGGCCCUCGCCGUCUCCCGAGGAUAAAGCCACCCGUGGACAGGAUUAUGUUUAGAAGAAAGUUUCUACUGUGUUUGGCAAUGGUGUCCAAGCUCAUCGAUACUUACUUUGUAACUUCAUGGUGAAACAGCUUCUAAGAGUAUCAGUUUAGGUACCACAUCAUCUGGAUCCAGAGGUCACUUUUAAGAAAAUGUGGACUGUUAAAAGUCUUUGUAGUGCUCAAAUACUGUUGCUUCAGUUGAAAAAAAACAGAUCAUGUAGUUGUACACUACCAAAAACUCAGCAGUUCUGGAUUGGAAUUCUGAACUGUCGCACUGUAAGAGCACCCUGUAACAAAGUUCAAUUCCAAGUUUCAAAGAUGAAUGAUAAACAAUCAGUAGUAGAUAUGGGAAUGGCUACAAGUGCAGAAGAAACUAAAAUAGAUGCUGGAAAAAGUCCCAGUGGAGUGUGUGAUAGAAGCCAACAUUCAUUAGAAGCAAAAAUGAAACACAUCAAUCUGUCAUUUGCAGCUUGUGGUUUUCUGGGUAUUUACCACUUGGGGGCAGCAGCUGCUUUUUACAAGCAUGGUAAGAAGUUACUGAAAGAGGUGAAAGCUUUUGCGGGAGCUUCUGCGGGAUCACUGGCUGCCACUGUCUUAUUAGCAGUACCAGAAAAUAUAGAGCAAAGUAAGCAGUUUGCCUAUGGAUUUGCAGAGGAAGUUAGAAAAUUGGACUUCGGUGCUUUAACGCCUGGUUAUGAUUUUAUGAAGACACUUAGGGAAGGCAUAGAAUCUAUUCUUCCUCCUAAUGUUCAUGAGAUAGCUGAGAACCGGCUUUAUGUGUCAGUCACUAACACCAGAAACGGGGAAAAUCAUUUGGUUUCAAAUUUUGCCUCCAGGGAGGACCUCAUUAAGGUCCUGCUGGCAAGUAGUUUUGUACCAGUGUAUGCAGGAAUUAAACCAGUGGAAUAUAAAGGAGAGAGGUGGGUUGAUGGUGGCAUUACCAAUGGCCUUCCUAUCUUGCCUUUUGGAAGAACUGUGACAAUUUCUCCUUUCAGUGGUCGUUUAGAUAUAUGUCCACAAGAUAAAGGACAUGUGGAUCUUUAUAUUAAAUAUGCAAAACAAGAUAUAAUGCUGUCUCUGGCCAACCUAGUAAGACUUAAUCAAGCUUUUUUCCCACCAAACCAGGAGAAAAUGGAGUCGUUGUACCAAAAUGGAUUUGAUGACGCUGUUCAUUUUUUACUGAAAGAAAACUGGUUUGAGUAGAUGCAACACAGAAAAUUAACAAAACCUGAUGGCUGUCAAAACAAUUCCUACAGAAUCUCAGGAAUUGCUGUCCCAAUUCCUGUUUGCAAAAAUAAAAAUCACAAUGGCAUUGCAUCUGAUUCUGCAGAGAAAGUACUGGUUGUGUUCCAAAGACCUGUAUAAAUAUGUCAAAAUCAGGAAUUGUACUUGCCUGGUAAUUGUCUUGUUUUGAGGAGAUUCAAGCUUAGAUCCAUUUUGCUUCAGCUGAAGACUUGAGUUUGGGAACUAUGAAAAAUUACGAUCUGUAUUGUUCACUUGAUUUAAUAGUUGUGCGUGCUAAUUGCAUGCUUGUGAUAUUGCUGAUCCAGUACAUACUUUGCAGUAUUGUAAAGGACUUGAAUGCUUAGCACUAGCCAGAAGAAAUAAAACAUUUGCACUAACUCUGUUUU